GGUCGCUCAGCUCGUCCCCGUCCUACCAGUUUUCCUCCCCGUCUUGCUCAUGACCUGAACACUCGUAGAACCUUGGACGCUGCAUGGGAGGCGAUUAAGAAUAGCAAGUCGAGAGCCCUAUAAACCUUUGCUAUAAUGGUGCUGUACCAGAGCAACGUGGUGAUCACCGUCUCCCUGUUGGCGCUGUCAACGAUGCUCCUCGUCAACUACAUCACCAACCAUGACGUGAACUUCCUGCCUUGGUUGUCAUAUGACUGCGCACAAGAGUGUCUUGAGAGGUACUUCCAAGGGGCGCCGAGGUCUAAUGACCCAGCACUCCUGGAGAUAGUGCGACAAAGGUAUAUCUUCCCCCCGCCUCGCCGCCCCAACACCGAUCCCUUCGACAUCGACGAGCCGGUCUGGUCAAAACUGGCUGACUGGAAUCUGAUGCAGCAGAGGCUGUUGCAGAUAUGGCAGGGACAGGCCCCCGGGGUGUUCGUGGAGGUCGGGGCGUCUGACGGGGAGUUCAUGAGCCAGACGCUGGUGCUGGAGAGGAACCUGAGCUGGACGGGGCUGCUGGUGGAGCCUGACCCAAGGGCCUUCGCCAUCAUGCAGCAGCGCCGCCGCAACGCCUGGACCUCUUCCGCCUGCAUCCACCACAGUCCACCCGUCUCCGUACGUAUACGUGAAUGAAUAAUGGGGUUUAAGAAGCUGAAGGUACA